AAAGCUCUGAUAGGACUGUGUCCACAUGGAUUUCUCAAUGUCCACACUUCAACAUCGUCACAGCUUAUAAAAGCAAGAACAAGAGGCAGUGUGGACUUCUGCUCCAGGAUGCAGGGGGCCUUACGUGUGCUGUGUGUGGCUCUGUGCAUGAACGUAGUCUUCUCAUCUCCGUUGAAGUCUGCUCAGAAUGGGGAUAAACUAGCCUCUAUGGAUGACAUGAGCAUCUUGAUGUAUGGGGUGCUGCAGUUCAGCGAGUCCCUGCACCAAAUAUACCAGAGCACAGGGGCCAGACUGGCCCGCGUCAUGCAAGCCAUCAGUAAAACUGAGAGUAAAAUGAGGAUGCUGGGCCAUGACACAGAGGAGGCAGCUCAAACCGAACGCCAGAUAAAAGAGAAACUCCAGCUUAUUCAGGCCCAGAUGGAAGGGCUGCAGGCCCAUGUCCAAAAGAACAGAGGUACAAUCACAAGGGUGGAGCAGGAAGAUGCAGCACUAAAGAAAAAACUAACCACUCUGGAGGAAAACUUGAACAGCUCCAUGCCAGACAAGUAUAAGGACACAACACUUAAAAACAUUGCAAUCUUGAAGGAUCUGAUGAAGUGGACAGAGGAACAGAAACUGAAACUGCAGAAUCAAAACCAGCAGUUGGCCGAGUUACAGAAAACGAAUGUGGUUUAACCACUAAAACAGCUGACCUAUUUACCUGACAAGAGAGAGAACUGCAAUCCUCAUCAUACACUCCAAUUUGCUAAUAAUUUUCACACACACACACUGGGCUUUCUUCAUUAUGGAGCCCCUAAAGGGUCAAGGUGGUGGGGGAAAAAUUAGUAGCAUGGGAAAAAAAAAAUAAGCAAAUGUUUUUUGCAUUCUCACGCAAAAUUUGGCGUUUCCCCGGGAAACUGCGCGUACUCGCAAAUUCUUAUCUCGCAAAUUAUUUUGCAUUCUCGUGUGAAACUUUGCGUUCUUUCGCAAAGCUUGUGCUCUCACAUAUGCAUUCCUAUGACUGAAUGCUCUGCAGGCUAUUGCAUUUAUAAGAGAUAAGUCAAGAUGACAGGUGCCGGUGACUACUUUUGGUGGAACCUGUAUCUUGUAAACAUGUAAAGAGUGAGAAGAUACAGUGACUCAUUUCUGUAUCGCAUUAUUACAUCAUACGUAAAUCUGAUAUAUGGUAUAUGCAAAAAAUAAUAAUAUUUGAAAAUAUUUUAUUUUAAUGCAAUUCAUUAUGCUACAAAAACUACAGUUUUCAUAUAUGUAGCAUGUUUUCCCAAACUACAGGCCUAAUGGAAUUGGAAAUCUCAUUUGCUCAAAUAUGAACUAUUAUUUUAUAUGUACGUAUGUUUAUGUUGCCAUUUUUCAUGCGCCAGCAGAUGGUGACAGUUGUGUUAUGAGUGAGUCAAUCAUUCAACACUGACAUGUACCAAACCGAAUAAAUGAUGCCUCCUCAGGGCACUCUGAAGGGAGAGCAAUCAUGGUGGCAAGACGAAUGGUUUGUUCCAAACACAAACAUGAAUGACUUAAAAGUGAGUUCUGAAUUGCAGUUAUUUUAAAGCCCAAAACCUUCAGCCACCACACAUAAUGAAGCAUAUUUUAUUGCUUUAUUAAUGGAGAGGGAAACACCAUCACAACAACAAUAAUAAUAUUAUGCAACUCAAAUGUCUGCCACGGCAUUGCAUUUCAAUUAGACCACUCGCAUUUAAUGUAAUUUUAAGUGUUGUCAUCUUUAUUUUCACACAUACAUAAAUUGAAGACUAUGAUUUGUGCAUUGCCUAAGAGACUUUUGGGCUGCUUGCACAGGCAUUCUCUUCUUGUUGAACUGAAAUGCUGGAAAACACAUAGCAGAGCAAGCAGAAGACUGUCAUUAUGAUGCACAUAUUGCGGGAACGCUAAAUAAUUUGUGAGAGCAUCAGAAAUUCUCAGGGAAUGCAAAUUUUUGCGAGAGAACGCAAAAGCAUUUGCUUAUUUUUUUCCAUGCUACUGAAUUUUUCCCCAUCACCAUGGCCAUUUAGGGGCUCCGUACUUCAUGAAACACAAGUAGAAUGUCACAAACAAUUUCACCUGUUUUUUAUUUUUAUCUAUGUUUAUUAUAGAAUAAUACAUAAUUAUCUAUCAUAUGUAUGUAUUUGUGGUUUCUAACUUAUUACCAAAGAAUGAUUAGUGUUGUGUUUUAAAAUCUCUUUCUAUUAAAGACAAUAAUUCAAAUGGACCAAAUCCAGAUUUGAAUUUCUACAUUAAUGCUCCUAAUAUUUCUGUGCAUGUUUAAUUUCCAGACUCCUAUAUCAAAAUGUAAAAACCUCGACCUCUGAAAAAACUUUUUUUCCUGCUAAUGUAAUGUAAGCCAUUAAAACAGAAA